CAAUGAUUGCACUAGCAGCAGUAAUUAGUAGCACGGACCCUUCCGGACGGUGACUCCCAUGCAAUAUGCACGAGGCCAUUCAAAUAUCCCCGCCUGCUUUCUGAAGUGAAAUCCGAGAGGCUUAGAGAGAAGCAACUAAAAGCGGUAGAGUUAGAGAGCGAGCGGAGGGAGGGGUACAAGUGCACGUAAGCUGCCUACAAAUGACACACUGCAAUCAUAAACUGUCUCGCGACGCGUUCUUUUGCGCCCUUUCCUUAGUGAAGUAUGAAGAAAAGGAGAUACUCGGGAAAAAAGCGGCUUCCGUUACAGAUUUAGCGGAAAACACGUUUCUAGCGCACUUCUGACGGACUUCUAAACCUCAGCCCGCAAAAAGCGUCCUCGCAGCCGCCCGAGAGUCUGGAUGGAGCGCGAAGGAUCCUGCUCGAGCUCGAGUCGAGAAAACGGAAUAAACCCCAUGCCGUUUAUAUAAGGAUUUUGCGACAAAGAAAGUCAGGACACAGAAAGGCUCGCUUCCUCAUCACUUCGCCCGAAUAAACUGCACAUCACUGUUUAUAUUAUGGACAAUGUAGUCUUUGAUCUUGGUGUGGCUGACUUCUCUGGAUUAUUUUCCUCGUUUAGUUAUGCUGAGCGGCCGUACAGUGUCAUAACUGGACGAACAGCGCGAUUUCGGACACUGGAUUCAGAUAAUAUAGUCUUGAUGCCUGCAGGUCUGCGCUGGUUAUUAGAUUGAGACUGCCGUGUCAAGUCUUCAUGCUGUGGGCAUGUUGCCCUCGCCCCAGGUGUGCGUGUCUACUCUGGUGACAGUGAGCACGAUGGCUGUGGUCGACCUCUAUCUGCUGGAGCAGAGCAUGCUGGGACCUCGAGGUGGAGCCCGUCCUGCAGUAUGGCCAUGUGUUGCCGUCGCACUGGGUGACCUGUGUUUCCUGCUGGCGCUGCGCUUCGUUUCUGCCGGUGUGGUUUCGGAGGCUCGCUCUCCCCGUCGGGGCUUCGCCAACGCACUCUGGUUUCUUUUCCUCUCACUGCUGCAGCUGAAGCUUUUCUUUGUCUGUCAGAAUUAUAGACAGGAAAGACGACCUCCGGAUCCUCUUGCCCGCAAGACUCUAACUCUUUUACUUUCAGUGUGCUUGCCCUCACUGUUCCUCAUCCUGACAGGAGCCGAUUACAUGACUCCACUCCGCAGGAAGCAGGAGGUGCGCAGCCGGCUCCUGUGGGUGGUGAUUGACUUGCUCGAUGUGUUGGAUCUGCAAGCCGGCCUGUGGGAGGUGCAGGGAAGCGUGGGGGUUCCUCUUUGGGUGGAGGGUAUUGUGUUCUUUUACUGUUACGUGCUGUUGCUGUUGCUGCCAUGCGUGUCGCUCACGGAGCUGGGUGCCACUGCGCUUCCUGGGCUGCAGGCGGCUCGGAAAGAGGCCAUCUAUCCGUGGCUCAGCCUGGUGACCAUUAACCUGUUCACGCUCGUGCCCAGAGGGUUCGGGAUGCUGUGGUACAGGGACCCACGGGUAUCCACGGUGUUCCUGGGGAAAAACCUGCUGGCUCUUGCGGUAAAGUUGAGCUCCGCCUGGGAGAGGCACAGAAAGGGCAGCAGAGGGAUGCAGGGCGCAGGAGCCGCCACAGGAACUGGAAACCAGACUCGUGGGGCGGCAUCAGAGCAAUCCACAGAGCAGGAACAAGAGUCCACGUCUCCAGUGCCGUCCUCUACGCGCUACCACACACUCACACGCACUCACGGACACAGCCACUCACUCUCUCACGUCAGCCUAGACCCCACUGAAACCUCACUGGGACCAGCUUACAUUUCCCAUGAGCUCUAGAGGUCAUGAAAGAGCCCUGAAACUGCCAACAACUGGAAUUUGUAGGCUUGUAACUAUCCCUGGAGUCUCUGUGCUUCUGGCAAGAUUAGCAGAGAUAACUCAUCGUAUUAGCACACUUUGUAGUUUGUACAGAUGAUGAUUUGUUUGUACAGCUGAUGAUUUGUAAAGCCAAACACGAGCAGCCUACUGUGGUGUGAAGCUCCCAGACAAAAUGAUAAUGAGGCAGAGGGGGUGCUGUGUUUAAUUAAGUGCCUUCUUUAAAGAGCAACAAUUAAUAUGGUUACUCUUGUUCGUUUUGGUGUUCAUCAAGGACUUGAAUUAAACCAUGUACUGUGAAGCAUGGCCACUGUUAAUAUUCCACUCAGUAAUAAAAAUGUUUAAUAGA